AUGAAACUUUUUAUGUUGUAUGAUGAACAAAAUGGGCUUUGCAGAUCAGUGGAUCAGUGGGUGAAGAUUAUUGGGGAAUGUAUCAAUUCAGUCUCAUACUCUUUAAAGAUAAAUGAGGAGUGUGGGAUUGUUUUUCAACCAUCUAGAGGCUUAAGCUUAAGAAGUGGUUGCUCUGCUAUUUCUCAUUUGCUUUUUGCCGACGAUGCCAUUUUGUUUUGUCAAGCCAUUCCAUCGCAAGCAGAGUCGUUGAAGGACAUUCUCACAAAAUAUGGUCUAUUAACAGGCCAAUUGGUCAACUUUGACAAAUCUAGCCUUUUCUUUAGUUCUAACACACCCUUAGACACAAGAGACAAUCUUAGAAGGGUCUUGGGAAUUCGAAAUGUCGAUUGGAUCAAUAGUUAUCUGGGCCUCCCUUCAAUUAUUGGGAAAUCUAAAACUGAUACUUUUAAUUACUUGAAAGAAAAGGUCUCUACAAAAGCUAAAUCUCUUAAAGGGGAAUAUAUGUUUAAAGCAGGGCGUGAAACUCUCCUGAAAUCGGUCUUCUCUGCUCUCCCUAAUUGUUCUAUGCAGUGCUUUAAGAUUCCUCUCUCAACUCUGGAUUUUCUGAAAAGUAAGAUGAAGAAAUUUUGGUGGGGAGGCAAGAUCGAUUCCAAUAAGAUUCAUUGGGUCAGUUGGCAGAAAUUAUGUGAGCAUAAAAAAGAGGGUAGAUUGGGAUUUCGUGACCUAGAAGCUUUUAAUGUUGCAUUGCUUGCGAAAUUGGCUUGGCGUCUUGAAGUGGGUGACGAUUCCAUGCUUUUUAAGAUCUUCAAAGAGAGAUAUUUUUGCAAUUGUAAUUUUAUCAACUCUCCAUGUAAUGCUGGUUGUUCAUGGUUAUGGAGAAGUUUGGUAGCUACAAAAGAAGUGAUUAAAAAGGGUAUGAAAUGGCGGAUUGGAAAUGGUAAAUCAGUUAAUGUGUGGAAAGAUCUUCGUUACCAGGGAAAAAGAAUUUUAACGUGUCAUCCCUUCCAUCUGAAACAAAAUAAAUUGUUAUCCAUUGCUCCUCAUCAUGCUCCGCUUCAAAGUCCUCAGUGGAGUUUUCCUCCUAAUGAUUUUGUUAAAGUUAAUGUUGAUGCAACUUUCAGUUCUUCUUCAAAAUCAUGUGGGGGUGGCUAUGUUGCUAGAAAUCAUGAAGGGCGUGUUCUUAGUUUGGGCUCUUGGCUAUUUCAAGAUGUUUCUUCACCAGUGGUAACUGAAGGUCUUUCACUCCGAGCGACAAUACAAGUUUGUUUACAAUGGGGCUGGCCUAAAAUUAUUUUUGAAGGGGAUUAUCAAACAAUUAUGAAGUUGUGCUCAUUAGAAAAAGCUUUGGCCACGAUUGUUCGCGAUAUCAAGGUUCUUCUUCAACAUAGAGAAGAUUUUUCGUUGAAUUGGGUUCUACGACACUGUAAUAAGGUGGCUCAUGAAAUAUGUAGAUGGUCUUUUCUUUCCAAUUUUUUUGAGCCUGUAUGGUCCUCGGUUCCUGCUUAUGUUGGAGAAGCUUUGCUAGGGGAUUUGUGUUGA